GGCUAUUUUGCACUGCUAGAGACAAGUGGUGGAAUCUUGAAGAUAUAUAUUAUCCAAAAAAAUAGAGCUUUAUAUUCCUGACUCUUCGAGGCAUUAAUCAAUUUUAAUUAUUGCAGUCAUAAGCAACAUACUUGCAGAAUUGUCUGCAUUUUUUAUUUGCAGUAAAAUAGGGAAUAUCAUUUAGAGGUGCAAUGAAAGCAGUGAGUGAUGUUCCUUCCCUGAAGAAGGCAGGCUGCGGUGAGAUGGCAUUACAUUGCUUGUCAGAGCACAGUCUCAGUAUCGCCCGCUGCAAAAUGGAAGAGGAAUCCCUGGACCUGCAGUACGACAUGAAGGAUUGCUACUCCAAGCUCAAGCAGUUGGUCCCCACCAUCCCUCCAAACAAGAAGGUGAGCAAAGUGGAAAUCCUGCAGCAUGUAAUCGAUUACAUCCUGGACCUGCAGCUGGCUCUGGAGACGCACCCGGCUCUGGUGAGAACGCAGCCGGCGGCGAGCUGCCCCUCGGCGCCCAGGACUCCUCUGACAGCCCUCAACACCGAGCAGAGUGGGUCUAAAGUCAGGAGACAAGACGACAGUAUUUUGUGCCGCUGAUGGGAUGCUGUGUGAGGUGUGCCCGACGAAUCACUCACACACAUACAUACACAACCGGAGAGGAGGAGGAGAGGGAGAGAGAGAGAGAGAGAGAGAGGGAGAAAAGAAGACAAACUAAUCCCAGCGUUCAACGCCAGAAACCUGUCCAACGGAUUUCAUUCUGAGAAGGGGUUUUUUUGCCAAAUCACGUCUCAUCUCUAUGCUGCUCAUAGCGUUUUAACCACUGACUUUAAAAAAAUAAAUUCAGAACUAUGAUCUUUGAAAGCCUGUGGGGAGGGCGGGAGGGAGGGGAGAAGUUGAGGGUGGGCUGUAAACGGAGUGACUUCCCAGGCUGGUCGACGCCUCAUCGUGAGCAUUAAGAGGUCCCUGAAAUCCCUUUAGGAGAGUAGAAAUUUUCACCGACUAAAAAGAACUGAUUCCCGACGCUCUGGCAGACUCUUCCAGAUGUUCUGUCAUCUGUUUCAAAUAGACGACUGGCUCGGGCCAGGGGGAGUGUCGAUUCCCUGUUUAAAAUAAAACCUAAAAACUAUGUAUAGAAGUACAAAGUGGGGUUGUGGCAAAUCUUACCUGCUGUACAUAGACAAGAUGUUCUUUAUUCAGUGUACGUGGAAAUGUAUAUCCUUUAAUAGAUAACUGUAAUUAUAAAAUAUUUUUUAUUAAAAAAAGAAUUUUUGUACAGUU